UGUUGCUGGUUUGACGCUACACUCUUCUGCAAUGUGCUAGCUACUUAUUAUAUAACAUAAUGUACCGUGCACUGGACAACCGGACGUUUUAUCCAAACUAAAAUUAGGUGCACCAUGGCGAACCAUUUCCACCUGAACACACCGCUGCUGGAGAGUGUUGGCAUGUCCAAACUCGUGGGAACCGCUGUGUAUCUGAAGAUGGAGAAUUCACAGCCCUCCGGCUCCUUCAAGAUCCGUGGCAUCGGACACCUCUGCCAGCACAUGGUCAGACAGUCCAAAGGGGUUGUCUGCGCUUCAGGUGGUAAUGCAGGCAUGGCUGCAGCCUACGUAGCCAGAAAAAUGGGUGUACCGGCCACCAUCGUAGUUCCCUCCUCGUCUCCUCAGCUGGUUGUUCAGAGACUCCAGGAUCAGGGUGCUACUGUCAAGAUCACAGGAAAGGUUUGGGAUGAUGCCAAUGCAGAGGCCCUCAGACUGGCAGAGACUGAAGGACUCACCUUCGUUCCUCCGUUCGAUCACCCCCUGCUCUGGCAGGGCCACGGCAGUAUGAUCGCUGAGGUCGCCGCCUCUCUGGGCCCCGGCGUGAAGCCUGGAGCUGUGCUGCUGUCUGUGGGCGGAGGAGGGCUCCUCUGUGGUGUCAUCCAGGGCCUGAAGGAUGUAGGCUGGACAGAUGUACCCAUCGUUGCAAUGGAGACAGUAGGGGCCCACUGUUUCAACGCUGCAGUUAAGGCGGGGAGGUUGGUCACCCUGGAUGACAUCACCAGCGAGGCAAAAUGUCUCGGAGCAAAGACGGUUUGCAAGAAAGCUUUUGAAUACAGCCAAUGCGACGAGCUUACAAUCAUUUCUGAACUUGUGACUGACCAGCAGGCUCUGCAUGCUGUCGAAACAUUCCUGGAUGAGGAGCGUGUGCUGGUGGAGAUGGCGUGUGGAGCAGCACUAGCGGCUGUCUACAGCGGACUUAUACGCAGAUUACAGGAUGAAGGUAUGCUGCCGACUCCCUUGGGCCCCCUGCUGGUGAUCGUGUGCGGUGGCGGCAGCGUCGACAUGGAGCAACUGACCAACCUCAAACACAAACUGCAGACUUAAAGUACUGUAUGUAUGCAAACUAACGUGUGUGUGUGUGUGUGUGUGUGUGUGUGUGUGUGUGUGUGUGUGUGUGUGUGUGUGUGUGUGUGUGUGUGUGUGUGUGUGUGUGUGCAACCCGUUGUCACUCCUAACUCCACUUCCAAUACAGCAGCUUUUUCAGUGGCCCUCAGCAUCUGAUGCUGACGCACAAGAAGGGUUAUGUGAUAUUGACAAAAUGUGAUAUUGCGAUAUCGAUUAUGAAUAUUGCAAUAUCAAUAUUAAUUUCGAUAUUUUUAAACAUAUAUAAAAUUACAAAAGUUAUGGGAAAAUGCAUCAAAAUAGAUUCAUAACACAAUCUUAAAACACAAGGUUAAUUUCAACUGACAGUCAUAUUGGACUGGUACAACAUGAAUA